CGAGAAUAUUAGGCGAUGGUCGAGUUUAUAACAGUAACAAUGGUCAGCGGACUUAGUUAUAAACUUCAUGAUUUAUUUCAUCUUUAUAUAUCGAAGUGAUUAUUCUGAAAUAACUAAAAUGGCGGAAAAUAGAAAUACAAACAUUAUAGAUCGAAUUGUGGAAAAUUUAAACGAACUUUCUUCAAGAAUUUCGCGCCAAACAAGUGCUGAAACAGAGGCAGAAGUAAGUCACAUUUUCAAUUCUAAUACAGCUAGACGGCGGUCUACAUCAGUUGUACCAACUACCGAACAAAAUGUGCCGAGGAAUUUUGUCACGAGGCGAAAUUUUAAUAGACAGAGCCCAUCUGCUUCUAAUCGAAGACAGAUUAGGGAAUCUAAAAGAAGGGCUGCUGCUAUAGAUAAUAGACCAUUCUUACGCGACCUUAUUUUGCUGGGAGGGCCGAAUGCUUCUGUCGUUUCUCGUCAAGGAGCACGCCUUGCUCUUAUGGAACGGGGUCACAUGAUCUCAGGCUGCAGAUUCACCAAGGCAAUGAACUCUGCACAAGUGGAAAUUGCCAUAAUGGAAGCUUUUGCUGACAAAAUUCCAGCUGGUGUGGAUAUCGAAAUAUUAAUGUCGAUGCACACAUCUCUUGUUGUGCCAUCUUUGGCUCAUGGUCAGAUUGGCAUUGAUGGAGCAAUUUUGCAAUGGCUCUUUCAAAGUAAACCGGUGUAUGUGCGACCAAACAAACAGAUCAUAAUUGAGCAUCAGGAAAAUUUGUGCACAAGAAAAAGUCAUGAUGAUUUACCUGAUAUGUUUGGUGAUGUGCAAAUGUCAAUAAGCUCUACCGACGCCAAUCAAGAGCCAUUGGCUUUGCCUCAAGAUACAGCACAAUCUCCAUUUUCACUGCCUCAAGAGACAGCACAAGCUUCUUUACAAUCAACCUCUGAUCUUCAUGCAGUUGGUGUAAAGGAUACAUGAGCACAAUCUCCAUUUUCACUGCCUCAAGAGACAGCACAAACUUCUUUACAGUCAACCACUAAUCUUCAUGCAGUUGGUGUACAGGAUACAUCAGACGAUCAAAAAUUUGCAAAAAAUCACGACACGCAAGUUGCAAAGUCAGGAAGAAUGGCAUCAUCACAGUCAACCCCCCGAAAUACCCCGAAACCCCGAAUACCAUCGUCACAGCAAAUACCCCGAAAUUAAAAAAUGUAAUCUCUGUCGUGAUUUCUGUACCACGGCUAAAUGUGGCUACACUACACAUCUGUCCCCUUUAAUAGAGUCACGGGGAAAAUUCAAAUGUAAAAUUUGUGGUGUAUCGGAUGCUGAUGUCGAUUUAGCUGUUUGCCGAUUUUUGAUAAAACUGUGUACGGAGGGCGUCAUGUUCGAUGUACAGAUUUGACUAUUUUACCUUACCAUAUUGUUGUAAUGUAAAAGUAUAAAUAAACAUUUACAAAAGUUGAA